AUGGACAUCGCCAUACUCAGCGAGACCCGAUUCUCCGAACAAGGCCAACUGGAGGAGGUGGGUGCCGGUUACACCUUCUUCUGGAGUGGUCGACCCAAGGCAGAGCGCCGAGACGCGGGCGUCGCCUUCGCCAUCCGGAACGACAUCGUGGGACGACUGCCCUGUUUGCAGCAGGGCAUCAACGAUCGCCUGAUGAGCCUCCGCCUGCCUCUCCGGCGAGGAGGCAAAUUCGCCACAAUCAUCAGCGCCUACGCUCCACCGAUGAGCAGCCCAGACGCCGCCGCAAGGGACAAAUUCUACGAGGACCUGCACGCCCUCUUGGCGACUGUGCCGAAGGCGGACAAGUUGAUUGUCCUUGGUGACUUCAACGCCCGCGUCGACAAGGACCAUACUGCCUGGAGAGAAGUGCUGGGUCUCCACGGUCUCCGCGGCUCCAACGACAACGGCCUGCUGCUUCUCCGCACCUGCGCAGAACACCGCCUCAUCCUGACGAACACGUUCUUCUGUCUGCCGGAGCGAGAGAAGGCUACCUGGAGGCAUCCUCGGUCGCGCCAGUGGCACCUGCUGGACUAUGUCCUCGUUCGGAGGCGAGAUCAGCGGGACGUGCUGGUGGCCAAGGCGAUCGCGGGAGCCCACAAGGUAAGCGACCCCCAGGUAAGCUGAAUGUGGCUUUGUUGUCUUUGUCUGCUCACCGUCUUCACUUCAGCAAUGAGCUAGCUCAACGGCUAGACAACCUUCCAAUCGCUGCCGCCGCCGACGCCGCUGCCGAGAACGCCUCCGUGGAGAACCGCUGGUGUCAACUGCGAGACACGGUCCAGUCAACGGCGUUCGCCGUCCUUGGUCGCGCUCCCCGCCAACACCAGGACUGGUUCGACGACAACGACGCCGCCAUCAGGAAUCUGCUUGCUGAGAAGAACCGCCUACACAAAGCCUACGCAGAUCACCCCAAUGAGGACAACAAAGCUGCUUUCUACCGCAGUCGCCGCCAACUUCAGCAACGUCUGCGCGAGAUGCAGGACGCCUGGACUGCUCGCAAAGCUGAGGAGACCCAAGGGUACCCGGACCGCAACGAAUGGAAGAACUUUUUCUUUGCGAUCAGAGCUGUCUACAGUCCGCCGACGAAGGGCACUGCUCCUUUCCUCAGCGCCGACGGCAGUACUCUCCUGACUGAGAAGACGCAAAUCCUACAGCGAUGGGCCGAGCAUUUUCGAGGUGUCCUCAACCGCCCUUCCGUCAUCUCCGACGCCGCCAUCGCGCGUUUGCCGCAAGUGGAGACCAACGCGGACCUAGACCUCCUGCCAUCUCUCCAGGAAACCAUCAGGGCCGUGCAGCAGCUCUCCAGCGGGAAAGCACCCGGAUCGGACGCGAUCCCUGCUGAGGUCUACAAGCACGGAGGUCCCCAACUGAUGGAUCACCUGACUGCGCUCUUCCAGGAGAUGUGGCGUCAAGGCAGGGUCCCGCAAGAUUUCAAAGACGCAACCAUCGUGCACCUAUAA